GGGCCGUGCUACAGACUAGUACGGCAUGGCUGCUAUAUGUUAUCAGCCGUGUUUUGGGCCGAGGAGAAUUAGUGAAUGCAUGUUUUGAUGGUGAUUACUCGUGUUUUUUGAAACAGUCUCAUGUGGGUUACCAUCAUGGAGCGGUAGAUAUACCCCAAGACACAACAUCGCCUGAUGCUGUGCCGGAGUGUUCACUUGGGACUUUGGAAAGUUUGUGAACUACAAGCCGACUUCUUCUCGUGUGCUCUAACGUUGCCGUCGAGACCUUGUGUGUGUUCGUGAACUGUUGACAGUGAUUUCACGAGCUCGGGUCGGGCUGUUGUGACUCCUGUGGCAAGUUGUGACUCUUUAGACUUGGUCAUAUAUGUUUGGAGGACCUACGGGUUAGAUCGCUAUCCAUCUGAACAGCGAACCAGGAUUACUAGCAGAACAUCCUCGCCUGGUGGAGCCUCGAUGGAUUCAACACUAGCACUUCUCUUGUUAUUUCUCGGCUAUUGUUUUGCUGUAAUUGAAGGCGAACUUCGGUGCUAUUGUAACGAGUCUGGGUGUGUCAGUACCGGCUAUAUGUGCAAGUCUAACAUCGGCAAAUGUUAUACAGCCAUGGAGACCGAAGGGGAGGUAACUCGCACACGGCACGGUUGCUAUGACAACCUACCUGAGUCAUUAAGGACAAUGUGUGGAGAAGGGGAGGAGCUUGUUGAACCACGUGACUCCCAGUCGACAGUGACAGUUAUAUUCAAAUGUUGCAAAGACGAUAUGUGUAAUUACAAAGAAAAAAUAAUAGACAUUCCUAUAGUACAAGCGUCUAAUUCAAACGGGAGUACGCAGAAAGGACACACAAAGUCAAAUCCGGUCGGAAAUCACGUUUACUAUUCUCGACGAGACCCUGAACGAGACUUGUGGUUCAAGGCCGCCGUGAUUGCUGUGCCCAUUGCGGGAGGAUUCAUUCUUAUUCUUCUGGUGCUUCUCGCAGUGCGCAUGCUCAGAACAGACUCGAGACGCCAUAGACGUCUAAUUCAAGUGCGCCGGGAGCGCAGUCUUACCAAAGCUCAACUUUACGUCACAGAUCAUUUCAGCGACAAGUCCGAGAACUCUUGCACACUUUUCCCCGACAAAAGCAAACCAAGCAUAUGUCGCGACAUCAACAUCAAAGUCGAUAAAGACGGCCGAAUUUAUGAAAAAGUUGGUGAUAAAAAAAUACACAGACACUCGCAUCCAUCAUCAGUAAUUAUGUGGGGGAAACCCUCCAAAAACGAUCUGCCAACCGUUGUGUGAUAAGCACGUGCAUUGUGGCACACGUGUAAACUGACAAUUUUGCUACAGGUGUAAAUGGGUGACGAGUGAGUGAGACGUGUGCAUGUAUUUGGCCAUGAAAUGGUCGGUAUGAUCCCCUCGCCCCGGGCUAUUUCAGAACAUGUAGAGGAUCAGGGCGGACCCCGUCCUGUUCGUGAAGUUUGUGUGGUGGUGUACCGAACACCGGCCAACCACUGAUUGGGAGGAACAAUGUGCGGAGAUACCAAUGUCGGACUUUCAUCAAAUGUCAUUAUUUUAUUUUAUACAAAAGGCUUAUUUAUUGAUGUAAAAUAAACACUGGACGGAAGAUCCCUGUGAAAUGUU